GGAAAAUGCUUAGUCUUUCAGUGCUUUAAUAGCCUACUGAAAGUGAAAUGUUCGCAACAGUAAUGUGCAUUAACUAGUGACGUGUUCAAUGUAGGUACACGUUCAUUCAGUACCAACAUUUUAGGUUUUUUAUUCGAAAAUAAAAAAAUAUUUUUUUAUUUGCAGCAAAAACAAAGGAAGGCAUAUCCUCGCCUUUGUCAGAGACAGAAAGGAAACUUCCUGAGACAUUUCUGAAAACGCAGGGCCGGGCACUUAUCCCGAGGAUAUGGCUUCCUGUUUACCCUGGAAAAGGUCCCUCUUUCCAAGUGGAAGAAACCCAAUGUAUCCAAGCUCUUGCUCGAUGCACGCGUAACUACUUAAACUGAAGACGGUCUAGCGAUUAUUACACAGAAUCGCGCCUGCUACGCGGUCCCACUGCGGCUCUUGACAGCGUGGAUGACAAUACUCAGGGACAGCCAUUACGGCCGGUGGAACACUCCCAAUUCUCUGCCAACACAUACCUCCCAAUAAAUUGCUCCAGUUAUUGUAUGUCGACGCAGACGAAGAGGCGGCGACGUUGAUCGGCUUCGAAGUAUUGGAGAUGAACUGGCAGGUCGCAACGUGCUAACUGCGGACCGGUACCUAUGGAAGACUGUUCAGCACUGCUGACAACUUGGAUACUAACGGGAGGGAACGUAUCGGAUUCUUCGGUGCUUGCUUUUUGACAACUAUCGGAUUUACACUUUUACUGAUUUCUGUAAAAAAUAAUACCCAACUUAAACGAACACAUUUAAACGAUGGACAUCGAAGCAGGCAUCAGACUAGAGAGCCAGAUCCAAAUAGAGUCUGACCAGCACAGCCCUGUCCCUCCCACACCUGGAACCCCUGUGCAGAGCUCAUCCUUGGACUUGAUUGAUACUGGGAAAGGUCUGAAGGUACAGCCAGCCACACCCCAUUUGGUCAGCCUGGGAAGUGGCCGUCUCAGUGUGGCAAUCACCCUGCUGCCACUCAAUGAAGGGACAACCCGAAUUGGGAGAGAGGAUGCACCAAUACCCCAGGACAUAACCAUAGAAGGUCCUGGGAUUGAGGCAGAGCAUUGCCGAAUUGAGAACCAUGGAGGAGUCAUCACCCUGGACCCCUGUGGAAACCUGUGUGCCCUUGAUGGUGUUCCAAUCACUAAAGCCACCCUGCUGACCCAAGGUUACACAGUCUGUCUGGGUAAAUCCUACUUCUUCCGCUUCAACCAUCCUGAGGAGGCCAGACGAAUGAAGAGCAUGCUGCCGCAGAAGAGCCCUGUGUCGUCCAUCGGAUAUGGAUCAGACAGUCUGAAGUUUGACUACCGCGAGAGAGCAGGUGUGUCCAGUACACAGUCAGCGCGGGGGGUACGGUCGGGGGCAGAACUCCAGGAGUUGAUGGACACGUUGCAGCGCAGGAAGUUGGCGUUGGAGUCGACCCUACGAGCCAAUGGCAGUUGUGGCCCCUCCUACCUCAGCAUGUCCCAGUCCCCGCCUAUCAGCCCCAACCCCCUGUCCUCCACACUUGGUUACCAGGAGCAGAGCUGGAGGCACUGCAGCAGCGACCGCCCGCCUAUUUCCCUCAAGGUGUCCUCCUAUCUGCCCCCAUCGCCCCGGCACAGUGCCACUGAUGCCCGACAGAGGGACAGGGACCGCCCCCUCAGCCCCACCCACCUGCUCCCCUAUCCCCGCUCCGGCUCCCGGAACUGGUCCCAGGACAGCCUGUUCCUGUCAGCGUCAGCUGAUGGGCGGCGCCUUCCGGGAGGCGGGUCCCUGCUCUCCAUGUGGAACGGCUCCUCCAUGACCGACACCCUCCCCCCGACACCCAGGGGCAACACCGGGCCGGCCAGCAUGCCCUCCAGCCCCCGGCUGGCACGGAGGCUCCUUUUCCAGGAAUCCGGGCGUGGGGUGCGGGACGGGGACGAAGCCCUGGACCCGGGGCCCAGGCAGAGGAAGUACUCGGCGGGGUCCCUCACCGGCAUGGGAGCCUACAGCCGCUCGCUGCCCCGCCUCUACAAAUCGGCCGACAGCCAGCCCCUCUCCCUGCCCCCCCGCCGCUCCCUGGGCACCCACAACGGGGACACGGCCUCUGUCCCGCUGUCCUCAAAAUCCAGGCGAAGCCUGCCCUCCCUGGAGCACCCGCCGGAUGUCACGGUCCCCGCCAGCGUCCCCACCAGCCCCCGCGCCGCCGCCAAGGCCGGCCUCUUCUCCUCGGGGUCCCACUCGGACCUGGAGCGCAGCGGCCUGCGCAGCCCCUCGCCUUCCCUGGACCUGGGCCUGGGGGAGCGGAGGCUGUCCUUCGGCAAGGCGGGGGUGGGGCUGGGCGGCCUCAGGGAACGGCGGGGCAGCAUCAGCUCUCUCAGCGGGAAGGAGGAGCUGAGAGACUACCACCAGCGUCAGAGAGAUGAGAGGCUGCGUGAGCAGGAGGUCGAGAAGCUGGAGCGUCAGCGUUUGGAGACGAUCCUCAGCCUGUGCUCGGAGCUGGGCCGCCCGGAGAGGGAGCAGGCCGGGUCCACCGUGGCGGACCUGCAGCACAUCAACAAGGAGCUGGAGAAGCUGCAGGUGUCCGACGACGAGUCUGUGUUCUCCGAAGUGCCGGGCACCUCGCCGGAGAACGGCUACGAGGCCAAGCGGCAGUUCCGCCAGCGCAGGCACAGCGGCCACCGGGAGGCCAGGGCCCCGUCGCCCUCCGUCAGCCUCCGGGCCUCCGCCCCGUCCCCCUCCCCGCGCCUCAUCAGAACGCAGGUGUCAGAAGUAUCAGAGGAUGGGCAGCUGAAGCAGGAGGUCACCCGUAUUGAGGAAGAGAGGAUCCAGGUGCUAAACAACAUGGAGGAGCUGGAACAGAAGAUCAAAGACUUGGAUAACCAGAUGGAAGAGUCCAUCCGUGAGAUGGAGGUUGAGCGUGCCCUUCUAGAAGGAGAGCAGGAUGCUGAGGUGGCCCAGUUGCAGCAGGAGAAGGAGGUCCUUGAUCAGCUGAAGGAGAAGAUGACAGAAAUGGAGAAGAAUGUACAGGAGAAAAAGUCCCAGGAGAAAGCACAGCUCGAUGCUGAAAGAGAAAAGGUAGAGAGGCUGGCAGAGCAGGUCUCUGAACAGAAGACCCAGCUGGACACCUGUCCCGAGGCACUCAAGGAGCAGCUCCAGCAGCAACUGUCCAGGGAUACAGACACCCUGGAGGUGGAGAAGAAACGGUUUGAGGAUCUGGAAUUCCAAAAGCUGGAGCAGGAGAGCCAUCAGGACGAGGAGAAGGAGACGAUGACACAGCAGCUGCUCAAAGAGAUCGCGGAGUACCAGCGCAGCACCGUCACACGCAAGGAGAGACUUAUGACCCUUAAGAAACAAUCCACCCAGAUUAGCCAGCAAUCUCAAAGGGAGAAAGACAGCUUCCUGAAGGAGAGGAGCAACCUGCUGAUGAUGCUGCAGCGGGAGAAAGAGAACCUGGAGGCUCUGGAAAAGAAGUACACAGACCUCACCGGGGGGCAAAGCUUCCCAAACAACCCCAUCAGCAUGAAAGAGCACUUCCGAACCCUGGAGGAAAGGAAGAGGUCAGGGAAGGAGGAGGGGUCCCAGAUGAGUGACACGCUGCCUCGCAAGAAGAUCCAGCCAUCUGCCUCGCCCCAUUUCAGCAACGCCACUCUGGGGCGCAGCAUCACCCCCAAACAGGUCCACAUGCCCCUAUCUCAGAGCUCAAGCUGUGGAAGCGUCCUGCCCCGUGCCCUCACUAUAUCCCCCAAGGAUCUGGACCACCGACACAUGCACAAGGGCUAUACACAGCUCUACCUGAAUGAGGAGCUCAGGCAGAGGCAGAGACUAAGCGAUCUGAGCAGCAGGACUGUCUCCGAAUCCAAUGUUUACCUGGAUUCACUGCACUGCCGGGACAAUGGACAUGCCUUUGACACCCUGAGCAUGGAUAGCUCUGACAGCAUGGAGACCAGCAUCUCUGCCUGCUCUCCUGACAAUGUGUCCAGUGCCAGCAUGUCCAACAUGAUCAAGAUGGAGGAGAUGGAGAGGCUGCUGAGGGAAGCCCAGGCCGAGAAGCACCGGCUCCUCGAGCACCGGGAGCGUGAGAUGGAAGUGCGCAGGCAGGCGCUGGAGGAGGAGCGGAGGCGCAGGGAGGACUUGGAGAAACGUCUGCAGGAGGAGACCAGCAGGAGGCAGAAACUCAUCGAGAGAGAAGUGAAGCUUCGCGAGAAACAGAGAGCUCAGUCCCGGCCGCUGACCCGGUACCUCCCGGUCAGGAAGGACGACUUUGACCUUCGCGCUCACAUCGAGUCUGCCGGACACAAUACAGACACGUGCUACCACGUUUCACUGACUGAGAAGACCUGCCGUGGUUUCCUAGUCAAGAUGGGUGGCAAGAUCAAGACCUGGAAGAAGCGUUGGUUUGUCUUUGAUCGCAACCGCCGGACCCUGUCUUAUUACUCAGAUAAGCAUGAGGCCAAGAUGAAGGGAGUCAUCUACUUCCAAGCUAUCGAAGAAGUGUAUUACGACCACUUAAAGAACGCUCACAAGAGCCCCAACCCAUCCCUGACAUUCAGCGUGAAGACGCACGACCGUGUUUAUUACAUGGUGGCCCCGUCUCCUGAAGCCAUGCGCAUCUGGAUGGACGUGAUUGUGACUGGGGCCGAGGGGUACACCCAUUUUCUGGUGUAAGCUUUCCUAGUCGCUGUUUACUCUCUGGACCGCCACUCACCAGAGAGGAAGUUUCGCAGUGCCCCAAAAGUAAUGGAUGACCAUCUCAAUACUGGGCACAACCUUUGCUUGUGACCUCUUUUUGAUUUUUUUUUUUUCUUUGAUGUUAUCCAUGAUGUUAUUCUAGUGCCUUAUCUCCUUUAUUAGAAUUAUUAUGUGCUUUGAGGAUCCGUGCCAAAGCAGAUGGGGUGUUCUGAAACUUUCAGAACAUUUUCACCUCAGAACAAAGAGACUGAAUCAUGUUGUCAUGUGCUAUGCCCUCAGUGAAAAAGAAUGGUGCCAGCGACAGACUGUGAUGCCACUGGGUUUAAAGAAGGAUUAUUGCACACCCUGGAUGUGUUUGAUCACACAUGUUGGUUAAUUUUGUAUAGCCGCAGUGAUGAUGAUUAUUAAUGUGUGUGUACGGACAGGAGCGUCACCACUGUGACAUGAACCGGUCCUUUUUGUUGAUGUGACUCAUUUCAUGUUUAACAGGAAGUGAGGAAUGAGUCAUCAUCGCAGUAGAACGCUCUUUAUAAAAGUGCUUUAUCUUCCUGUAAGUGAUAACUGAGUUGUGUGUUUGUGGUGGAUUGUGUAUGCCACAGUAAAUGUUUUUCACAAGCACAAUAAUAGCAUUUUGAGGACUAGACUUGCACAGAAAAAGAUGCCCAUUGCACAUUGUUUUAACAGUCCCUCUAUCAGUGCUUUGGGUACCAGUGGCCAUAUCUUUUCCUUUUUGCUCAAUAUGUCGCACUGUUUGCAUUACUGAACAGAACAGUGUUGACAGUAGUAUUGAAUGCUGUUUUCAUCUAUGAAUAUCUCUCGUACAACUUUUCUGCAGUGUAAUGCUGUUGUAUUUUUGUACACAAUAGUUUUUUGACAAUAGAUUCUACUCUUAUCAAUUUCAAUAGUAACUGAAGGCUCUCCCAUGAGCUGCUGGCAGGAAUAAUGAACUACCUGCCAAGAGGGAAAGCGCGUGUGUGUGUGUGUGUGUGUGUGUGCAUGCAUGUGUGUGUGCUUGUGCAUGCGAGAGAGAGCGAGCGAGAGA